AUGUUCGCCAACGUGUUCGUCUCUUCCCUCCGCGCCUCGGCCAAGGUGGCUCCUCGUGCCGUGCCCAUCGCUCGCGCCAUCCCCCGCGCUUUCCCUGCCACGCGCAGCUUCUCCACCACCGUUGCUCGCCGCAACGCGACCGCUACCAAGAAGGAGCUCGACAACCAGGUUCGUCGUGGCUUCGACGAGAUCAUCCCCUUCCUUAAGCGUGUUCCCGUCGACGUCUACCCGCUCGUCGCCUUCGUGUCCUUCGUGUGCUGCCUCGGCGUCUUCUUCAUGGGCAAGCACCUCAUGGUUGACAAGAACCUCCGCCUCCAGCCCGCCCAGGCUUACAAGUACGACAACGCCCAGCGCAUGCGCAACAUGGGCGCGUCCUCUGAGGAGGAGGAGGAGUAG